AUGUCUCAGGAGACGGUUCCCCUGCUUACUCCCUACAAGAUGGGCGAAUUCGAGCUCACCCACAGGUCAGUCCGAGCGGACGACCCGCUGGAAAUAUCCCGAAUUACUCACACUCCGGCCAUCUCCAUCCGUGGUUUUUCAAUUGGAAAGCAUCAAUGCUCGAUCAAAUUAUUUAGUUUUCUUCUUCGGUAUCAGCUUAUUUCUGCUGUAAUCCUAUUCAGAGUGGUACUAGCUCCCCUGACGCGGAUGAGGUCGUACGGCAACGUGCCCCAGACGCAAGCGGUGCUGUACUACUCGCAGAGGGCCACGAAGGGUGGCCUCCUCGUUGCCGAAGCCACUGGAGUUUCAGACACCGCUCAGGGGUAUCCUAACAUGCCGGGGAUCUGGACCAAGGAGUAGGUGGAAGCAUGGAAGCCUAUUGUGCGCGCCGUCCACGACAAGGGAGCCGUCUUCUUCUGUCAGAUCUGGCAUGCGGGGAGGGUCUCCAAUUACUGUGAUCCUCCAGAAGCCUUCUUCUUUCUCCCGGUUUCAUCCUCACCCAAAAAGAGAGAUCAGUCCCUCACGCGUCUCUCUCUGUUAUUUGGAUACGUUUUCAGGUUUCCAGCCCACGGGGCAGGCUCCAAUCUCCAGCACAGACCGAGGAAUCCUCCUCGUGGUCCAGCACGAUGACUCCGUCUCUGAGUACUCCCCUCCACGCCGCCUGCGUACCGAUGAGCUCCCUACAUCGUCAAAGACUUCAGGCUCGCAGCAAGAAACGCCAUCGAGGCAGGUCGGCUCUUCCGUCCCCCUCCUCUUGUCUGCUCGGCUCCCUCCCUUUCCAUCGUUUUGUUUCUCAGUUGAAUGGAACCGUCUACAGGCUUCGAUGAGGUGGAGGUCCACGGGGCGCACGGCUACCUGCUGGAGCAGUUCAUGAAGGACGGCGUGAACGACAGGACGGACGAGUACGGCGGCAGCAUGGAGAACCGGUACCGCUUCCCACUGGAGGUGGUCCAGGCCGUCGUCGACGAGGUCGGAGCCGACCGAGUCGGCGUUCGCCUCUCCCCAUUCGCCCACUACGUGGAGAGCUGGGACUCCGACCCGGAGGCCCUCGGCCUGUACAUGGUGAAGGCCCUGUGCAAGCUGGGCCUGCUCUACUGCCACAUCGUGGAGUCGCGGAUGACCGUCGUCGAGGGCCGCCUGACGCUCCAACAGGGGUUCCUCCCUCUCAUGAAGGCCUUCCAGGGGACCUUCAUCGCCGCCGGCGGGUACGACCGCGAGGAAGGCAACAAAGCAGUGGCCUCCGGCUACACGGACAUGGUGGCAUUUGGGCGGCUCUUCAUCGCCAACCCCGACCUCCCCAGGCGCUUUCUCCUCGACGCCCCGCUCAACAAGUACAACCGGGAGACCCUCUACACCCCCGACUCCGUCGUCGGCUACAACGACUACCCCUUUCUUGACUCCACGGCCUGA